UUUUUGUCCAAUAGUUUCCAAGUGCACAACAAUAUGAGCCCUAUUAAAGUCGGUAUCGUGGGUUACGGAGGCUCUGCUAAGAGCUUCCAUCUGCCAUUCAUCGCUGCUAUUCCCGACUAUGAAAUUGUUGCCAUUCUCCAACGAGCAGAAGCGCCCUCAGACCCUACCUCCGUGCCGAAAGGGUCCCACUGCACUGUCGACUUCCCGAACGUCAAACACCACAGGACCGCGGAGAGCUUCUUUGCCGAUUCGAACAUAGACUUUGUGGUCGUCGCGACGCACACUGAUACUCAUGCUUCUUUUGCGACGCAAGCCUUGAUGGCAGGCAAACAUGUGCUUGUAGAUAAACCGUUUGCGAGUUCUGCCGAUGAAGCAGAUCAAGUAAUCCAACUUGCCAAAGAAAAAAGGUUGCUUCUUACCUGCUUCCAAAAUAGAAGAUAUGACGGUGGCUUCCAAACAGUAAGGGAACUUAUAAAAAAGGACGCUUUCGGCACCAUCACCGAGGCAGAAAUCCACUACGACUUCGAUCGAGCACCAUGGCUGCAUCACUUAACUGCUAAGGAGUACACACCUGGCUCUGGACACACUUUUGGGCUGGGAACACACAGUCUCGAUCAAGCUUACGCAGUAUUCGGGCGCCCCGCCUCAGUCACAGCAUUCUAUCGCGUCCAACGCGGAAUCGAGAGUGAAGUUGAAGAUUCUUUCACCGUCAUACUGCAGUACAGCGGCGCACAAAAAAACUUGCUGGUAACAGUAAAAACAUGCGUGGUAUCACCUAUGGAGCAACAGCUUAAAUUUUGGAUCCGGGGCACGAAGGGUUCCUAUAUCAAGUUCCAGCAGCGAAGUACCUGCCCACAGGAGGAGCAGAUUGCACAAGGCAAGGAUCCACUUGAUCCCGACUUUGCUGCCGAAUCAGAGCAGCUCUGUGGUACGCUAACGACGUACGAUGAGUUCGACAGUAGCAUACAGCGCUUUGAUGAUAACUCACAGAGAUGGGUAGGAAAGUAUCCCACGGUCAGGGGGCGUUGGAUGCAGCUUUACCAGGAUGUUGCUGAUGCGUUGAAUGGAAAGUCAGAGCUGCCUGUAAAGGCGGACGAGGUGCGGGACGUACUGAGGUUGAUUGAAUUAGCCAGAGAGUCCCAUGAGAAAGGUGCAACGAUAGCAUGGAAAUAAAAGGCCAGUGCCUACAGAGAAUACUUAUGGUACGACGGUAUUUCCUGAUUAUUUACAUUGAAAGAGAGGCAGUCAAUUCAGGACAAGAUCAAGAUAGAUUGCAUUCGCCGAAUAAUGGUGUACAAAACCAAGCGAAAGUGCAAAUAUCGAACUAGGAAUGACCAUAGUUUUUAAAUCGCUGUAGGUAAAUACCUAGAGCGAGUAGAUACGAAAUCUGAG